UCGACGUCAACACAAGCAUCAUGAACACUUACACCGUGUUUGCGGCCUUCGUACUGGCCGUGGCCGUAGUGGCCGAGCCCCCAUCCGGCUACAACUACAACCGUCCCAGUGGCGGUGGCGGUUUCGGCGGUGGCGGCGGUUUCGGCGGUGGAUUCGGCGGCGGACACGGCGGUGGACUGUCAGGCGGCGGCGGCGGCUACACAGCUGUCUCAUCCGGCUACCAAACGUCGGAGGGCGCCUCCGUUGACCAGGCCCUGCUCGAGCAGGUGCGUCAGAUCCUCCUCAAGGAGGAGCAGAACAGCGGCCACUCGAGCGGCGGCGGCGGCGGCGGCGGAUUCGGCGGUGGAGUCAGCUCCUCGUACGGCGUGCCAUCGCCCCAAUACGGAGUGCCAUCGUACAGCAGCGGCCGCGUUGUCGGUAUCGACCUCGAGGGCAUCAAACAAGCCAUCCAGGUGGCGCAGUACAACCAAGUCUCUCAACAAGCCGGCGGUGGCUUCUCCGGUUACCCAAGCGGACCAUCCGGCGGCGGUUACCCAAGCGGCCCCAGCCGCCCAUCCGGCUCGUACGGCGCGCCAUUCUAAGCGCCCCGCGCCUAAAACCAACAUUCACCACCAUCAGUACCACCAUCAGUACGAACUACGAAGCGAACAUCACAGCGCUCCGCAUGCAAACACGGACGCAACACACACGGGUCCAUGAUGCUGACACAACAACACUCAUGUGUACAUUACCAUUAAUUUUAUUUUGUAUAAAGCUUUUGUAGGUUAUUUUUAUAAAAAAAAUACAUUUGUCACCGUAA